GGAAACACACACACACACACACACACACAGACGCACGCUUGGUACUUAGUUUUCGGUUGAGGUUGCCUGAGAAUAUGGCGGACCCGGUGAAGGUUGGUCCAUGGGGUGCAGCGGGACAAGGACGCGACAUCAACGUCGGCAGCAGGCCCCAACGCCUCAACACCAUCACCAUUGGCUGGGAACCGUCAUGGGGUUAUGGGAAUGGUCGUAUCAUUGGCAUCUCCUUCGUCUACGUCGACCAGAAUGACAAGGAAAUCACGGUCGGUCCCUGGGGCAAGAUCGACCGGGAACACUCCCGGGCAAUCCAGAUAGACCAAGACGAGAAGCUGUAUGUCGUGAGUGGCACCUUCAACGACGCCGGCGUCACCUCGCUCAUGCUGAAAACCAACAAGACAGAGCACGGGCCCUUCGGCCAUGCGGCAGGGUCCGCCUUCAGCGUGCCCCUGAAGCAGGCCCAGGACGAUGGCGAGGUGGUUGGUGAGGUGGUGGCCUUCUUCUGCCGCUCCAACGACACCCUCCAGGCGCUGGGCGUCUACGUGCUGGGGGAGAAUGGUUUGCCGGUCAUGAUCGGUCCGUGGGGCGGCAUUGUUAACCAACGCAUCUCCACGCCGGUCCAGCUUAAGAGCGUCACUGUCUACAGCACUCAGCGCAUCGAUGGUUUCUCCUUCACCUACGUCGACCAGAAUGGCGACGACAUCCCCGUCGGCACCUGGGGCACCACCAAUGGACAGAAGAAUACGUUUUCCCUGAACGAAGGCGAGUAUGUCAAGGACAUGACUGGCACAUUUGACCUCGACGGCGUGACCUCGCUCAAGUUCACCACCAACCGGGAGCAUGUGCAUGGCCUGUACGGGCGCCUCUCGGGGACUGACUUCCGCGUGCCACUGCCGGACAACGCCGUGGUCGGCAACGACGGCAACCACAACGGCGGCGUGCUCGGCUUCUUCGGCGGUUCCGGGGGGAACAGCCUCGUCGCCCUCGGCGUGUUCGUCGGGGUCGCGCCCGCUCCCAAGCCAUGAAUCAAUCAGUAACUUUUAUAUCGAGCUAGCUACCAGCUUUCUACUCUACCGAUCCAUCCCAUCCACACCUGCUAUCGUACCUCGUACCCGCAGACCUCUACUCGGUUUACUACGUUAAACCCUAGCUAAUAACCAGCUACCUGGCUAUACCUAUAUUAUGUGUGUAAUGAAUAAGCACGAUGGGAUCGAACCAUGUGCGCGCAGCUCGAUCGUAUACACCUAUGUGUGUUAAGUGAUUAUAUGUGUGCAUACGUACCUGUGUAAUAGCAAGCCGCCCUGGCAUGCAAUCAAUAAAUUAUAGUAUUAUGUUUGA